CCAUAAGCUGCUCUUUCGCCUUCGAGGGGCGGUCCUGGUUCCCUCCGCCGUGGGGAUUGGCCGCAGAGUGAGCUCUGCCAACUGGAAAACGACGGCUCAGCCUGUCUGUCUUGUGGGGAGCAGCGGGAGCGGGGUGCACAUUGGGAAGGAAAGAGCCUCGGCUGGCCGAGCCACCAUAUCCUGAGACAGACAGAGAGAGAAGAAGCCAUGCUCCGGGGAGCCCUGCGGUCGCUCCCGCCAAAGCUGUGGGGCAGGGAGCCCGCCUUCUCGCUCCCUGCUCGGCCUUUUGCCUGCAGCCCGACCACUGAAAGGUGGGAAGAAAAACCUUCUAUAGAAGCAAGAUGGAAAGAUGCAGCAGAAACAGUAAUUAUUGGAGGUGGUUGUGUUGGUGUGAGUCUUGCCUACCACCUGGCCAAGGCUGGCAUGAAAGACGUACUUCUGUUGGAAAAGUCUGAACUCACUGCUGGAUCUACAUGGCAUGCAGCAGGUUUGACAACGUAUUUCCACCCUGGAAUAAAUCUGAAGCAGAUCCAUCACUACAGCAUCAAGCUUUAUGAACAAUUAGAAGAUGAGACUGGACAAGCUGUUGGGUUUCAUCAGCCAGGAAGUAUUAGAAUUGCUUCAACUCCAACGAGGGUGGAUGAGUUUAAAUACCAGAUGUCUCGGGCUGGUUGGCACCCAGCAGAGCAGUAUCUUAUCAAGCCAGAGAGAGUACAAGAAUUAUUCCCUUUAAUAAACAUGGAAAAGGUUUUAGCUGGUUUGUACAACCCUGGAGAUGGUCAUAUUGACCCUUACUCACUCACCAUGGCUUUGGCUGCAGGGGCCAGGAAAUAUGGUGCUCAGAUAAAUUAUCCAGUCCAAGUAACUGACCUAAAAUCUAGAGCAGAUGGAACAUGGGAAGUUGAAACUCCACAAGGAAUAAUUCAUGCAAACAGAGUUGUGAAUACAGCUGGUUUCUGGGCUCGUGAAAUAGGGAAAAUGAUUGGAUUGCCCCAUCCACUUAUACCAGUUCAUCACCAGUACAUUGUUACUGCAACUAUUCCUGAAGUGAAAGCCCUUAAAAAGGAAUUUCCUGUGAUUCGUGACCUAGAAGGUUCAUAUUAUCUAAGACAAGAAAGGGAUGGGAUUUUAUUUGGCCCAUAUGAAAGUCCAGAAAAAAUGAAGCUACAGGAAUCCUGGGUAAAAAAUGGAGUCCCGCCAGGAUUUGGGAAGGAGCUUUUUGAGUCUGAUUUGGACCGAAUAAUGGAUCAUGUUGAGGCUGCUAUGGAAACGGUCCCAAUCCUAAAGCAAGCAGACAUUAUCAAUGUAGUUGCAGGCCCUAUAACAUAUUCUCCAGAUAUCUUGCCUAUGGUGGGGCCACAUCAGGGUGUUCGAAAUUAUUGGGUGGCUAUUGGUUUUGGAUACGGCAUCAUCCAUGCUGGUGGCAUAGGAAAGUAUCUCAGUGACUGGAUACUCAAUGGGGAGCCUCCUUUUGAUCUAAUAGAAUUAGAUCCAAAUAGGUAUGGGAAGUGGACCACUCCAGAAUUCACGGCAGCAAAAGCAAGAGAAUCUUAUGGAUUUAACAAUAUUGUUGGCUAUCCUAAAGAAGAAAGAUUUGCCGGGAGACCCACAGCAAGAGUCAGUGGGCUUUAUGAAGUCCUUAAGUCGGAAUGCUCCAUGGGAUUCCAUGCAGGAUGGGAGCAGCCUCAUUGGUUCUACAAACCUGGGGAUGAGAUUGGAUACAAGCCAAGUUUUCGACGUACAAACUGGUUUGAACCUGUGGGCCGUGAAUAUAAACAGGUGAUGGAAAAAGUGGGUGUGAUUGAUCUCACUCCAUUUGGGAAGAUUAGCAUCAAAGGCAGUGAUUCUGCUAAAUUUUUGGACCUUCUGAUUGCAAAUGUGAUCCCAAAGAUAGGUUUCACAAAUAUAAGUCAUAUGUUAACCCCAAGAGGCAGAGUCUAUGCGGAGCUCACAGUCUCUCAUCUAAAGCCAGGGGAAUUUUUGUUAAUUACUGGUUCUGGGUCAGAGCUUCAUGACUUGAGAUGGAUUGAAGAGGAGGCAUCUAGAGGACAGUUUAACGUUGAGAUCAGAAAUGUCACAGACGAAAUUGGAGUAUUGGGUGUAGCUGGUCCAUAUGCACGAAAAGUCCUCCAGAAGUUGACAACAGAGGACCUCAGUGAUGCAGCAUUUAGUUUUCUACAAUCCAGACAUUUAAACAUUGCGGGUAUUCCUGUUACUGCAAUUAGAAUCUCCUAUACAGGUGAACUGGGUUGGGAGUUGUACCACAGGCGAGAAGAUUCUGUACCUUUAUACUCUGCUAUCAUGGAAGCAGGCUGUGAAGAAGGAAUUGACAACUUUGGAACAUAUGUGAUGAAUACGUUAAGGCUCGAAAAGGCUUUUCGGGCAUGGGGAGCAGAGAUGAAUUGUGACACCAAUCCUCUGGAAGCCGGACUGAAAUAUUUUAUAAAAUUAAAUAAGCCAGCAGACUUCAUAGGAAAGCAAGCACUGAAGCAGAUUAAAGAAAAGGGGCUUGAACGGCAACUUGUGUAUCUCACCUUGGAAACUGAUAAUGUUGAUCCAGAGGGAAAUGAAAGUGUCUGGUAUAAUAACAAGGUUAUUGGCAACACCACAUCUGGAUGUUACAGCUACAGCACUCAGCAGAGUCUGGCUUUUGCAUAUGUCCCUGUGGAACUCAGUAAAGUUGGACAGAAACUGGAAGUUGAACUACUAGGCAAAAAUUAUCAAGCAACUAUUAUCCAGGAGCCAUUGGUUAUGACUGAGCCAACAAGAACACGGCUUCAGAAGAAGGGUGGAAGUGCUAAAAUAUAAACAGGCAGGCGUUUAAUUUCUCAGUAUUAAGAGUCAAUACUUGAUUAGCAUAAUUCAUUUGAGUUGAAUGCAAAUUACACAUGAAAUAUGCAACAAAAUAAUACUUUAUGUUUACUAAUCAUUAAGAAUAAGGAACAAUUUAAGAAACCACUGUUACUUAUACACAUUAGUUCUUGCAAAUAAUGUACACCAAGUCAGUAAAUAGCAGCAGCAACAGUCUUGAGUAUGUUGUAAAAAAAUGGGAUUGUUGCAGUAUGAUUGAGCAAGUGGCAGGAGUCCUGGGCUACAGAGCAUGUGGCAAAUCUUUGUAGAAAUAAUGGUCUGAUCACAAAGGAGAACAAAAUACUGAGGCUAUAAGCCCAUGAAUUGAUGGGAAUUUGAAAGCGGUGAGAGCCUCCUAGCUAGGUUGGCGCAGUGGUGAAAUAAGUUCCAUAUCUGAAGCAAGGGUCUAGGUAACCAAACAGAAAUUUACUUAGAAGACAGUUUUACCUCCCAAUGAUUUUUGAACUUGCAUUGCAUAUAAGGAUGGGGGAGAAAUUCAAUUCAGUUUGUAUUUAAAGGUGAACUUAUCUCAUUUGCACUUUCUGAAACACUGCACAAACCAAAAGAUAGCUAUCAUUUGAAAUUCAUAAUUCUCCAAUUUUGGGGGCAUUUUUUCCCAACCAAAUUGUGUGUAUAAAAAUGCAUAUACUAAGGUUAAGUGUGUAUAAAAAUGCAUAUAUCUGUGAGAAUAACAUACAAAAAUGCAUUAUAUUAGGGGAAAUUGCUUUGCCAAAUUGUGCAUACUGUAUUAGGCAAAAUUGCAUACACAUAUGUAUACAUUAGGAGAAAUUCACAAUAAAUUACUGUUGAAUCUUCUAGGGAACAUAUGAAAAAUGGUGAAUCGAUGUGGAAGUCAUAGAGCUAAAUUUAAAAUAGGGAGGGGGGGAUGAGAAAUAGCGAAACUAAAAUUGACAGAUUCCUCCAUCCCUAUUUGCAAAAGAGCUAGUUGGUCCACACCAUUUGGGCUAUUUUUUUUUUAAAAAAGGCAAUUGGGAAAGUGAAUUGGAGAUAAAACCAAUGACACCACAGGGGUCUAGAUUCCUAGGUACUCUAGAUGGUGAUUUAUAUCAGAAAAUAGGGAAUCUGUGUGUGUGUGUGUGUGUGUUUCUGUGUUUCUUUGAACACCUGUACAACACAAAUCUCUCAUUUGAAACUUCAUGGCUGGUGGGCUAGCCCUUCCAGAAAAAUCUAUCUGCCUUGGUUGAAUAGCCUGUGCCGAAUACCAAAUCCAUAAAACAUUGAUUAAUUUCAUUCUUAAGCCAUAAUUUUUCCUUUUCAUAAACCUAAUGCUAAUGCUAACUUAAAACAAUUCUGUGUCCCUGCUCACACUAUUCAACACUAAAUUUUCAUUGUCCUAUUUAAAGGUCACUUAAACAAAAAUUGCUCAAAAGUGCAGAAUCUUCCACAGAAACUGAUACAUCUAAGUCCUUCAGUAAAGAAGCUGACGCAUAAAUAAGACAUGCCAGUAGAAACACAGUUUGAAUAAUGAGCACCUAUUAUUGCCAAUGAUUUAAUGCAAGCUGACAUUACAUUGUACAGAUCUGAGUAUCUGUUUACAAAGCAGGUCGCAAUAAAAUAUAGGAGCUGACAGGAUUGCCCAUAGUGCUAGCUGGAGUGAGAGAGAAAAAUCCAUUUCAAAAUUAUUCUCUUAUACUUUAUAUUAUUUGGCCUGCUUUCUUCAACCAUGACAGGAUCUGAUUUUAUUUUUUUAAGAUGACAUUGUUUGUAAUCAAUCACUUUUUACAUCUUAGUUUGCCAAUACAUUCUUUUAGAUGUUAAAAAUGAUUAGAAUUAAGCAUAUUUUAUGUAGAAACAAAAAUAUAUAAACACAGGGCACAAUUUCUUUCCUGCCUCAUUACCUAUAGAACUCAAUUGUAAAACUGUGAACAAAGGGAAACUUUAUCUCUCCACCUACCCCUUGCAGUUAGGUGUUUGUCCAGCCGUUAUGUGGAACGGGAGGUCCAUAGAUGGAUGGAUGGAUAGAUAGAUAGAUAUCUCCCAUAGUGUAGUCAUCCCCAACCUGCUGCCCUCUAGAAUAUGGCCAUGUGGCCUGGGGUUGAUGGGACUUUUAGUGCAAAACAUCUGGAGGGCACAAUGUUGGAGAAGGUUGUUAUGGUGGUACUGGUCUUUACUACACCACAUGAGUGGGCUACUUGCUCUUGGAGCAUGGGUAGCUUGCAUACAGCACUUUGCACAGAUGCUACUACGGGAGGUACGCAUGCACACCCCUACCCCAGAUUUAAGCCUGUGCUUUGUGGAGUCCUUUACAGAUUAUAAUUUAUUUAUUAUAUCUAUAACAUGCCAGGAUUGGCUCCCAAAGCAGUUUACAAUUAAAGCCUCUUAAAAGGGGACAAUAUACCGUAAUUAAGGAUAUGUUUGUGACUAGAAUAGAUCAGGCCUUUUAUAUUAAUUAUUUAUUGGUGUGAUUUCACUCGCUGAAUAAUCAUAAAAUGUAAGUUCAUACACGUUUGCAAUUCCUGAUGAAUAUCAUAUAUUUUUGUUCCUUGCAUUAUUAAAAUUCAUACACUUUUUCCUUUCAAAGCAAUAUAGUUUUUUAAAAGCCCUUGUUCAUGUUUUCAUGUCGCCAAUUUUUUAAGCAGAUGGAGAUUGUAAUUCAGUGGUUUUGUAAGAAAGGUAGCUCUAGCAGUUAUCCUUGAGAAAUGCUGUCGACAUGCCUAGAUUACUUAACUUGUUGCACACUAACUGACACAAGUUAAAGCAAGAAAAUGCAGAGAGACCUUACUUUUUUUUCUUAACCGGUUUCCUAAAGUUUAAGUCAGGCAUAGGCAAACUCCCAUCAUCCCUAGCUAACAGGACCAGUGGUCAGGGAUGAUUGGAAUUGUAGUCUCAAAACAUCUGGAGGGCCGAGUUUGCCUAUGCCUGGUUUAAGUUACAAAUAUUUCAGUCAGAAGAGUUACACUGGGCAGCACAGCUAACCCCACAAAUAAUUAUUUUUAUAUACUGUACAAUACAAUAAGGCCCCAGACUCCUAGAGCAUUCUACAGUAAAUGCAAGUAGCUCAGACUGAAGAGCAAGACUGAGGACUAGAUGUUCUAAGAAUUGGUGGAGUCGGAUUGUCUUUAGGAUAAGCUAGGAUUGCCACCUAAAUGGUACUCUAGAAGUUCUUAACCCGAGGUACUACUUCCAGUUAGCGGAGUCUGUAACCCAAAGUGUUUGUAACCGGAGGUACCACUGUACAUCCUUUUUCUUACCUGAUUCGAAGCAGUCCUAUAGGGAGAAUGUUCUUGGCCUCCUGCUGUUUUUUCCCCCCACUAGUAGAAGACUUCUAUCCUUGUUAUCAUUUUAAAACUCACAACAAAAUAAAAUCCAGUUGGUAACCCUCAGUGUCCACAUGUGGCCUGCUAAUGUAUACAGUGGUACCUCGGGUUAAGAACUUAAUUCAUUCUGGAGGUCUGUUCUUAACCCGAAACACCGCUUUAGCUAAUGGG